AUGGAAAAAAGACAACUAUAUUCAUCUCAAUCACAAUCUCAACCAUUAAAUAUAAUUACUAAUACAAUCAAUAGUAGACCAAGUUUAUUAAGAAAACCAGCAUCAUCAUCGUCACAAUCAAACGAUAGAAUUUCAUAUCCACCCUCAACAGAUUCAAAAUUCAUUCAACAACAAUACCACCAACCACUUUUAACGAAUACAGAUAUAAAAUUAGAAGAUAUUGAAAGUAGUAGUAGCAAUAAUAAUCCACUUAAAAAUAGCAUUAAUAAUGUUAGUAUGCAAAUAUCACAAUUAAAUUCAUCACAUCAUAGUAGAGCAUUAUUAAUGCAAAAAAGAAAUAAUCCAACAACUAAUAUUAGACCAACUGUUAAAAAGAAAUUAGACGAUACUCAUAAACCAUUAACUUCAAAUUUUAAAAAACCUAUAACUCCAAUUUCAAAAUUAAAUACAAAUAUGAAUAAUAAUAAUAUUAAUAAUAAAAAUAACAAUAUCAAUAUCAAUAGUAAUAAUAGUAGUAAUAGUAAUAAUAAUAUAUUAUCACCAGUACAAAAUAAUACAAUAUCACCAAAUAGUAAUUUAUUAAAUUCUUCGAUUAAAUUUGAAAAAUCAAAUUUCUUUUCAACAAUGUAUUCUUCUCCAACAACAAUAACAACAACAUCAACAACAUUGAAUAAUGAUAAUAAUAAUAAUAUAAGUAUUAGUAGUAGUUGCAGUAAUAAUAGUAGUUUUGAUUUACAACAACAACAUGCACUUCAUGAAAGAAUGAAUAAAAUCGAUCAAUUCACUCAAACUGUUAGAGGUAAUUUACAAUCUCAAUUCGAUAAUAUAAGUGAACAAUUAAAGCCACCAAGAUUAUCACUUUCAAUUCAAGAUAUUAAAACUAGAUUAGAUUUUGAAGAAAAAAAUAAAGAAGUUGAAAAAAUUAAAUUAGAAUUAAAAAAUGUUUUACAAUCAUUAAAAGAAAAAGAAAAAGAAUUAAUGGAGGCUCAUUAUAAGGUUAGUCAAGUUUCAGUUUUAAAGGAUAAUAUGGAGAGAGAUUUACAACAAUCCAAUCAAAUGAUAUUGGAUUUACAACAUGAGAUUAGAUCAUCAUCAUUGAAAGCCAUUCAAGUCGAUGAGAAAUUCAAUAAUAUGAAAGAUGUUACAAAGGAUCUUGAUGAUGAAAUAUUACGUUUGAAUCAGUUGGUGCGUGAAAGGGAUACCGAGAUUGAGUCAUUGAGGAAAGAGAAUAGGGAACUCUUGGAAAAGAGUAGAUCCGAUGAAAAAGUUCGUAGAAAAUUACAUAAUACAAUUCAAGAACUUAAAGGAAACAUUAGAGUUUUCUGUAGGAUUAGACCCGACUUCUCCUCAGGCCAGGGUGCAAACGGCUCAGUUUUCAAUAUACCAGCAGGUACUGAUAAUUUGGUUGAAGUGAAAUCACCAACCAUUGACUCUUUCAAUGGUGAAGCAUCGAUAAAGAAAUCAACGUUUACAUUUGAUCGUGUAUUUGGUCCUUCUUCAACUCAAGAGUUGGUGUUUGAAGAUAUUUCACAAUUGGUUCAAUCUUCAUUGGAUGGUUAUAAUACUUGCAUUUUUACAUAUGGUCAAACUGGUUCAGGUAAAACUCAUAGUAUUUUAGGUGACCUAAAAGUACCAUCACAACGUGGUAUGAUACCAAGAACUGUUGAAAAGAUUUUCUCAUCCAUUCAAGAUCUAACUGAAAAAGGUUGGACUUAUCAAAUUGAAUGUUUCUUUUUAGAGAUUUAUAAUGAAACUAUUAAUGAUCUUUUAAAUACUACUACCACUACUACUGGAGGUAACUCGAAAUCAAAUGAAAUAAAAUAUGAAAUUAAACAUAAUCCAGAUACAAAUGUAACCACUGUUACUAAUAUGACAGUUGUACCAGUUACACAUCCAUCUCAAGUCUAUGAAUUACUCAAUUUGGCAAAUAAAAAUAGAUCAGUUGCAAAAACACUUUGUAAUGAGAGAUCAUCACGUUCUCAUACGGUUUUCCAAUUGAAAUUAAUUGGUUAUAAUCAACAAUCAUCUGAACGUACUCAAGGUCUUUUGAAUCUUAUUGAUUUGGCUGGUUCAGAACGUGUUUCAAGAUCUGGUGUAGAAGGUAAACAACUCAAAGAAACUCAAGCAAUCAAUAAAAGUUUAUCAUCACUUGGUGAUGUAAUUUCAGCAUUGGCAAAUAAAGAACAACAUAUACCCUAUCGUAAUAGUAAACUCACUUUUCUCUUACAAAAUUCAAUUGGUGGUAAUUCAAAAACUUUAAUGUUUGUAAAUAUCUCUCCAGAAUUAAAAGAUUUACAAGAAUCAACAAGUAGUCUUCGUUUCGCUGCUAAAGUUAAUUCUUGUGAACUUGGUGCUGCUCGUAAACAAAAAAUUAUUUAA